AUGAUGUCACAGUAUAUAUGGUAAAACGGUCAGGUUAAACCAGAACAAGGAACAGAAAACACUGCCUGUCAUGAGAUUAUUAAAGCUGCCCUUUGUCAAACUCUUGUUUCACUAGCAACAAGAUGUCACAUCCAACAACACAUCAAUCCUAUCAAACAGGAGGUUACAAUUUCACAGCGAUUAGUGAGGAUUCAAAUGACAGCCUGUAUGACUAUGACUAUAGUGAUGAAGUCUGUGAAAAAGGCGAGGUAGCCCAAUUUGCAUCCAUUGUCGUUCCUGUUUUCUUCUCUCUGGUGAUCACACUGAGCCUCACAGGAAACAUCCUCGUCCUCGUAAUCCUGGCUCUGUACGAAAACCUCAAGUCUCUCACCAACAUUUUCAUCCUCAACCUGGCCAUCUCUGACCUUGUCUUCACCACCGGUCUCCCCUUCUGGGCCAUUUACCACAUCUGGGGAUGGGUGUUUUCUGAAGCUCUCUGUAAAAUUGUGACUUUUGUCUUCUUCACGGGGUUCUACAGCAGCAUCCUGUUCCUGACCAUCAUGACCAUCUACAGGUAUGUGGCUGUGGUCCACCCUCUCUCUGACCUGAGAACGCAAAAACUCAGCUCUGGCAUUUUUAUGUCUUUCCUAAUGUGGAUCAUCAGCUUUGGAGCAGCCAUGCCCUCUCUGCUCCACAGUUCUCUCGUCUCUGUCUAUCACAGGGGCACAGUUUCCCGCGGCUGUGAAUACAAUGCCAUCAAGUGGAAAAUAAUUGCUGCCUCCCAACAGAAUAUUUUCUUCUUGGCUGCUUUUGUGGUAAUGGGUUACUGCUACAUUCAGAUACUAAGAAGAGUCACAAGAACAAGAUCCCACACAAAGAACAGAGCAGUUAAGUUAGUCUUUAGUAUCGUAGCUGUGUUCUUUAUUGGCUGGGUGCCAUACAAUGUGGUUGUCUUUCUGAAGACUUUGGCUGACAGUAGAGUUGCACCACUUAAUGAAUGUCACAUAAACAUCCAGCUUGAUUAUGCAUUCUAUGUGUGCCGGCUCGUUGCUUUCUCCCACUGCUGCUUGAACCCUGUAUUUUAUGCGUUUGUUGGUGUGAAGUUUAGGAGUCAUUUGAAGUCAAUGCUGCAUCGAAUGUUCAGCCGGCAAAGUCCAGUUGAGGAACAGCAGGUCAGGAUGCAUAACCCCACUCACUUCGUCUCACAAGGAUCAAUGUACUAGUCGGUGUUCAUGUAUAUCACUUUCUUCACUUAUUUUUCAAAAUGCAUCUGGUAUGCUUUUGGUUAAAUCCACUUGGUUCGUUUUUUGCACUUUGUAGCAAGCUGCAUUAAAAUUCAAAUCUGACUUUUGUUUGUUGCUUAUUGUAACAUUUGUGUGUCACAGUGGAAGUAGAGCUACUACAGUAAACAUCAUAGUGCCUAAUAAGUUUUUUACUUCAUUGUAAUUAUGUUUUGUUUUUCUUUUUUCUUUUUUUCUUUUUUUUUUUUUUACAAUUGUCAUUGUAUAGAACAGCUAAACAUUGUUUUGGUAUAUAUUGUAAUUAUGCAUCAGCUUUUAAAAAAAACAACAAAAAACUUUUGCAAGAAAUGUGUUUUUAUGUUAACAAUCUAUAUAAUUUUUCAUCUGUUAACUUCUCAGUGUUCAGGUGGCUCAUAUGUAGAUUAACACAAAAUCAGCAAAUGUGUAUUUCAGAAAAUCUACUUCUGUUUUUGCAUCUGUUAAAAAUAAAUAUAAGGUACUUUUU